UAUAUUAAUUACAUAUCCAUUGUUGUUAUAUGUACCUGUACCUUACCGAAGUUGGACGUCUUAUUUAUCCGUCAGACUUUGGAGGUUUGUAACAAUAUCCGUCAGACUUUGGAGAGACUUCCGUACAAGAAAGAAAAAUACAACAUCAACAUAAAUUUGCAACGAUGGCAUCUAAAGCAAGAGAUCACAUCGUUGUGGUGGCCAUAGAUUUUGGUACAACGUACUCUGGUUACGCCUAUUCUUUCCGAUCUGAUUUUAUUAAAUAUGAAACGGAUCAUUUAAAUAAGAUCCACAUAAAUAAUUGGAAUUGUGGGGAUCUUAUGUCCGAGAAAACACCUACAACUCUGUUGCUUGACAAAAACAAGGAAUUUGUCAGUUUUGGUUAUGCUGCAGAAAAUGACUACAGUAGUAUGACAGAGGAAAAAAGGAAAGAACAUUACUAUUUUCGCCGAUUUAAGAUGAUGUUAUACGACAAGGAUGGUAAACUGACACUGACAAGAGAUACUGUUUUGAAAGACUUGAGAGAUAAAGAAAUGCCAGCUAUUGAUGUUUUUGCUCGUUCCAUCGAAUAUCUAAAGGAUGAAUUCGUAAAGAAAUUUGAGGAGAGAAAUUUACAAGUAUCUAUCACACCUUUAAACGAAAACGUUACUUGGAUAUUAACGGUACCAGCAAUCUGGGACGAGCCUGCAAAGCAAUUUAUGGAAGAAGCCGCUGAACUUGCAGGUAUUUCAAAGGAGUCUCUCCUCAUCUGCUUAGAACCAGAAGCUGCAGCUGUGUACUGUAAAUGGAUUCAAAUAGAAAGGGACGAUGAUGCACUAAACGUCAUGAAACCAGGUCGAAGGUUUCUAGUGCUAGACGCUGGAGGAGGUACGAUUGACAUGGCAAUGCAAGAAGUGAGAGAAGAUGGGAAGCUACAGGAGAUAAACAGGGCAGAAGGAGGAGAUUGGGGAGGAAUCUUUGUUGACGACGAGUUUAAACAAAUGCUGGAGGGUAUUGUGUCCAAACCCAUCGUUGAGGCAUUCCGUAUGAAACAUACUGGAGAUUACAUCGCAUUGUUUCGAUACUUUGAAAAAAAGAAAAGGCAAAAGCAGACAGGAAAAAGCGUGCGUGUUGAUAUUCCACCAACUCUCCUGGAGAUAGCUGAGGAUUUCAUUAAAUGCAUAGAAGAUCAUGGUUUGAAAGAUGAUGUAGAAUUGAAAAGAGGUAAACUUCAAAUAAAAGUCAGAAAAUUUGAGGAGUUUUUUAACAAGGUACUGGACAAAAUAGCAGUCAAAGUUGAAGAAAUGUUAGUUUCUGAUACAGCCGAAGGAACUAAAGUCAUCAUUAUGGUGGGAGGGUUUUCAGAGUGUGAGCUCCUUCAAAGUAGAAUUAGGAAUUCAUUCCCGAGUUGUACAGUAGUGAUUCCCCAAGAAUGCGGAUUAGCUGUACUAAAAGGCGCUGUUCUUUUUGGUCAUGACCCAGAUAUAAUUGCUGCCCGAGUGGUGAAAUAUACCUAUGGCGUGGAUACGUACACACGAUUUAUCAAAGACAAACACCCAGAAUCAAAGAAAAAGAUUAUCAACGGGAUAGAAUACUGUACUGACAACUUCGACAUUUUCGUUAACAAAGGAAAGCUAGUACAUUGCAACGAAGAGACCGAAAAAAACUACUUUCCUAUUCAUGAAAAUCAAACUUCGGUCAAUUUUGCUGUGUUUGCCAGCAAUAAAGUAGAACCACAAUAUACUGACGGAUGCAAGGGGAUAGGAUCUCUGACUGUCCCUAUGCCAGACACAACAGGAGGCACCAGAAGGAGAGUAAAGGCAAAGUUUAAGUUUGGAGCAACCAAGAUUACUGUUGUGGGAUUCGAUGAAACGUCUAAAAAGUCUGUGGAUGUAAAAAUCGACUUUUUGGAAAAUAAACUAUGAUUUGGUGUAUUAUUUGUACAAAUAUUGCUGAAAUUAUAAAUUUCUUUAAAAACUUUUUACAUAUAUUAAAUUUUAAGCCCCUUUUGGGACACAUUAUUGGCCCGGGUGUGAUUUGAAUAUUAUUUACCCAUUCUGAGGAUGCUCGCCUAAAAAUGUAGCCUUGUAGCUCUUUAAAAGAUUAUUUUAAACAGAUUUUCUAUAUAUCUUGAACCGUGAACCCCUCUUGGGUCUCAGUAUUGCUCGGGGGAGGGGGUUAAUGUUUGAACAAUUUAGGGGUUUUCACUUUACAUGAAAAUUUUGAUGUAAACAUUUUAUUGGCAUUUCUGGUGCAGUGGUUCGUGAAAAGAAGAUAAAUUAUACAAGACACAUACUCUAUUUUCUCUGUUUACUUGAUUAUCCCCCCCCCCCCUUUGGAAAAAUUAGAUCCUUUAUUUAAAAACUUCAGAAGGAGUAUUUGUAAUAAGUUUGGUCAGCUUAAUUUUGUGUUUCUAGAGAAGAAAAAAAAAAAAGAUGUGAUAAGUUUACAAACCGAUGAACAGACAUACAACAGGUGGUCAGAAUUAAAAGCUUGAUUGAUUAUUUAAACUUUCUGGAGAGCUAAAAAUCAUUCAAAUCUUUAAAUAUUUAUUAUUAAAAUAUUACUAUGAAAAUUGGACUUUAUCAUAGUGAUUUAUUCACACUGGUGUGAUAUCUCAAUACAACUUUUGUAUCAAAGUUUAAAGAACUAUACUUGUAUUCGGUGACAUGUGCUUUUUUAUCCCAAAAAAUCAAAGUUGUGAAAAUAUAGAGCUUUAGAAAUUUGCUAAAAAAUAAUUAUAUGCAAUGCGAGUAUUUAAAGAGAAAUUGUCUGUUAAUCAUGUAUUGAUGAUCUAAUUUCAAUAUACAUAUAUGUUCGUAUUGGAGCAAAAAUAGGUAUAUCCUGUCAUUCAUUUGAAUAGGAAUCAUCAAGUGCAUGCUUGCUCUAACACCCUUUAUUACUAUGUAAUGCAGAAUAACAAAUUGAACAACAAUAUACGUAAAAAGAUGCUGGGGGAACACUGUGCUCUACAUUUUUAUUUUUAAGUGUGAAUAAAUAUUGUUUUUUUUUCCUUUUUAUCAUUUCUUUUUUGUAAAAACGGGUAGUAACCCACUCUAGAAAGGUGAUAUAACAACUCAGCUUUCUACAUCAUUGUAACUGACAUAUUUUGUUUUAUAUGUUAUUAAAAUAUUUGU